AUGUCGCGCACCGCCCCUCGCAUCAAGAAUCGCGCCCCGGCGCCCAUCCAGAUCUCAGCCGAGCAACUCCUUCGCGAAGCUCAAGAGCGUCAAGAAGCUCCCGCUGCCGCCCCUGUCCAAAAGAUUGAAGACUAUGAGGAGCUCGAAGAGUAUCGUGGCCGACGCCGCUCUGACUUUGAGGAUAGGCUUCGACGCACCCGCACCAACAUGUCAACCUGGAUCAAGUAUGCAGCGUGGGAAGCGAGUCAAGGCGAGAUGGAUCGCUGCCGAUCCGUGUACGAACGAGCACUUGAUGUCGACCCACACUACUUGCCAAUAUGGCUGAGGUAUACCGAACAGGAGCUCAAGAUGCGAAACGUCCAACACGCACGAAACCUCUACGACCGUGCAGUUAGCAUCCUUCCACGCAUCGAUCAGCUCUGGUACAAGUAUGUACACUUGGAAGAGCUGCUGGCUAACCUCGCAGGUACAAGGCAAGUCUUCGAGCGAUGGAUGGCAUGGGAACCGGAAGAGAAAGCUUGGCAUGCGUACAUCAACCUUGAAGUCCGAUACGGCGAAAUGGACCGAGCAAGCGCAGUUUGGGAACGAGCGGUUACAUGUCACCCAACACCGAAACAGUGGAUUCGUUGGGCAAAGUUCGAAGAAGACCGUGGUGACCUCGAAAAAGCGCGGACAGUAUUUCAAAUGGCCCUCGACUACGUCGGCGAGGACGAAAAUGCGAUGGAAAAGGCACAGAGCCUGUUCACUGCGUUCGCAAAGAUGGAGACCCGCUUAAAGGAAUACGAGCGAGCAAGAGUCAUCUACAAGUAUGCAUUGGAGCGUCUACCACGCUCAAAGUCAGAAGGUAUCUAUUCGAGCUACACUCGCUUCGAGAAGCAGUUCGGUACCAUGAGCAGUGUCGAGGAUACCGUGAUAGGCAAACGACGCAUUCAGUACGAAGAGGAACUCGCGGCAGCACAAAGCGGUGGCACAACAACAACAGACUAUGACACAUGGUUCGACUACUCUCGCCUCGAAGAAGACGCCUACCGCGCUCUUUCAGCCUCCGGUGGCUCGCAAGAGCAACUCGAGCAAGCGACAAAACGUGUCCGCGAAGUGUACGAACGAGCAAUUGCCCAAGUCCCUGCCUCCACAGAAAAGCGAGAUUGGAGAAGAUACAUCUUCCUCUGGCUCCGCUACGCUCUCUUCGAAGAGAUUGAGGCACAGGACUACAGUCGAACAAGGGAGAUCUACAAAGCAGCUAUCGCCGUCGUCCCGCACAAACGUUUCACCUUCGCGAAACUCUGGAUCCAAUACGCCCGCUUUGAAGUGCGUCGUCUCGACUUGACCACAGCACGCAAGAUCAUGGGUACAGCAAUUGGAAUGGCGCCUAAGAUGAAACUCUUCACCGCCUACAUCGAUCUCGAGCUAUCUCUCAAAGAGUUUGACCGAGCACGAAAGAUUUACGAGAAGGCACUUGAAUGGGAUCCCACCAACUCGCAGACAUGGGUCAGGUUCGCGGAACUGGAGAAGAAUCUCUUCGAUACCGAUCGAGCGAGAGCAUUGUUCGAGCUUGGUGUUGGUCAGGCAGAAGCCGCGGAAGAGAGACUCAGUGGAGGAUUGGAUAUGCCCGAGAUCGUCUGGAAGGCAUACAUCGAUUUCGAGUUCGAAGAGAGAGAGUGGGAACGGGCGGAUACAUUGUACGAGAGACUGUUGGAGAAGAGCGGACACGUCAAAGUUUGGAUCUCGUAUGCCUUGUCCAAGGUCAACCAGGCCACUGUGAUUGAGGAGGAUGAAGACGACGACGAGGUCGAAGAAGACGAAGACGAAGAAGCAGAGAAGUCCAAACCAGUACGCGAACUUACCGAAGAAGAGCAGCGGAUUCGAGCCGAACGACGUGCAGCACUUGUCUCAUCCGCGCGCAGCAUCUUCCAGCGCGGUUACGACUCGCUCAAAUCGCGCUCCCUCAAAGACGAACGCGUUGUCCUUCUCGAAUCAUGGAAGACAUUCGAACGGCAGCACGGCACGCAACAGACACUGUCGGAGGUGGAAGGCAAAUUUCCACGUGUCGUCAAGAAGAGACGCGAAGUGGCUGGUGGCGAUGGCGAGAUGGAAGAAUAUUACGAUAUGAUCUUCCCGGACGAUGAAGAGAAGGGUAAGGGUGCGUUCAAGUUGUUGCAAAUGGCUCACGCUUGGAGGGCGGCACAAGCUGCUAAGCAGCAGCAGGAGAGACCGCAGCAGGGGGAACAGGAUGCAGGGACGCAGAAUGGUGGACCAGAAGAGGAGGAGAACCCGGAAAGCAUGUCUAUCGAGAUGGACGAUGACAGCGCCAAUGAGCAAGAGAAAGAUGCUAGCGGGCAAGAGGACGCCUAG